UCUGUUACAGCAGCCUGUAACUCAGCUCGGAGAAAAACGCAGCCAGGAUUCAGAGUAACUGCUGCCAAACAUCAGGAGUUCUCCACUACCAGACUCUAUAUGCCAGUGGAACUGAUGAUGGACUUGUUCAAGAGCCCUGGAGAUCAAUCUGACGCCAUUAUCCUUAGCAAUCCUGUCAAUGUUCCAAGAGUUGGUGAUUCAGCUAAUUGCAAGCUGACUUCUCGUUAUAAGUGCUAGAAUCCACAGCACUGUGAGGACGAUGGGUGGGAAGCAAUCUCGCAGUUUGUCCGACAAGGAGUUGAACGAGGUGAGUGUGAAUCAAAGGAGGAAGAGUGCAAUUAGAGACGACCAGCCCAGCCUGUCCUCGGCUGCUGAGAGGAUCCGCAGACACACUACAAUGCACUUUGGUUAUAGCACCCUGAGUCUAGCCAUGCGGGGGCUUGACGAAACGCCUACUGAGCUGUGGGAGCUCCGAGGGCUUCAAAAGUUAAAUUUAUCCAUGAACUGCCUGUGCUCUUUGCCUCCUGCUCUGGGUGCUUUGGACAAUCUGGUGGUUCUCAACUUGUGGGGGAACAACUUGUCCAGCCUCCCGCCUGAGAUCGGCCUUCUGAAGAAGCUACGUGUACUCUUUGCUUGUCGCAACCGCCUGAGUGAGGUCCCCGAGGAGCUGGGCUCCUGCACUUGCCUGGAGGUACUCAGCUUGGCCAACAACCAGAUCACAGCCCUCCCCAACAGCUUGGCAGCCAUGCACAAUCUGACCAAACUCAACCUGAGUCACAAUCGCAUCGUUCACAUCCCCACCUGUGUCUACAACAUGAAGGGCCUGGUCUUCCUUCACCUGGCCUGCAACCGUCUGGAGACCAUUGCAGACCAGAUACAGGACCUGGUUAACUUGAAGAUCCUCAUCAUGGAGGGAAACAGCAUACACACACUGCCUAAGACUCUUUGCUUCCUGGAGUCUUUAGAACUACUCAAUGUUGACUUUAAUGACCUGCAAAGUGUGCCAAUGGAAAUGUACCUACUGAGCAGGCUGGGGCGGCUGGCCUGCCACCCACUGGAUAAAGGACUCCAUAUUAUACAUAACCCCCUCCUCAAGCCUAUUCAGGAGGUGCUGCAAGGAGGACUCAGUGCCCUCUAUAACUACCUCAAGCCCACAUGAGAGACUACCCCUGUGUGUAUGUGUGUUUGAGUGUGUUGUGUGUGUCUAAAAGCGUGUGUGUCGUAAGAGGAUGUUGGCACAAAUCAGACUCUCGGCACGUGGUAGUCAUGCUCUGAGUCUGCUGUUACCUCAAACUGCCUGCCUAAGAUACCAUGACUCAAGACAAAUGACCAUCAUUAUGUAAUAAUGGUACAAACUGGUUCAGUCACAUGCGGAUUUCUUCUGACUGACAAGUUGAUUUUCCAUUUUUUAUGUAACAGAUAAAGUUUGGAUAUAAAUAAUUAACAAGUAA